GAACAAACCCGGAUGUUUUAGUUCCUGCAUGUUUGACCAGCGUUUAACUUACUAAGAUUAUAGAUAUAAUAACGUUUAUAUAUAUUUAUAUAUAUAUUUAUAUGAUAUAAAAUAUCCUCUACGUGUGGAUAAUGGCGUCUUUAUUCCUGGAUCUGUGAAGCUGAAACAACCAGACAGCAGGAUGGUUCCGGGCUCCUACCCCUUCGUGGAGGACAGCUUCAGCCGGUUCCCGUCCCAGAGUAAUGUGUACGGGCUGUGCCAGGCGGGCGAGCAGGAGCUGCUAGCGGCUACGCUAAAGGGGAAGGUGGUUUGUUUCCGGUACCAGGAGCUGCAGCACAAGGUCCGGCCGGUGGCGCGGGAGGUGCAGUUCACCUACAUCCCAGUUGAUGCAGAGAUCGUUUCCAUCGACGCCUUCAACAAAUCUCCCCCUAAACGAGGCCUGGUGGUGGGAAUCACCUUCAUUAAGGAUUCCGGUGAUAAAGCGACUCCCUUCCUGAACAUUUACUGUGACUACGAGCCGGGAUCAGAGUUUAACCUGGAAUCAAUCGCACAAAGUUGUCUGAACCUGGAGCUGCAGUUCACUCCCUUCCAGCUUUAUCACAACGAAGUCCAGCUGGCUGACGGAGUCAGGGAGACGGUGUUUCUGCUCAGUGGACACGACCAGAGGAUCCACCUGUACAAGGAGAAUGCCUCUCUGCACCAGUUUGAGGAGCUGCCGGUGGAGAAACUGUUCCCGGAGCUGCAGCAGCUGCCCAGCAACGUGCUGUGGCUGGACAUGCUAACGACCACCGGGGGACGGAGACUCUCGGCCUUCGGCUGCCAGAACGGACGAAUCGGACUGAACCUGGUGGACCAGACGGGACCGGUUGUGCUGCAGAGCUGGAAGAUCCAGUUCGACAGUCCGAUCUCCAGAGUUCUGCUGUUCCCUCUGAACCACCAGACCAGAACCAGAACCAGCACCAGCCGGGGGGACGAGGACGGUUUGGAUCUGCAGCGUCUGAACCUGCUGGUCUGCAGCACCAUCGAGGUGGCCGUCGUCUACAGGGACGUCCUCCAGGCCGGUCUGUCCCGUCCCUCGUGUCUCCCCGGCAGCGACCAAUGGGACGCUCUGCUCUGUUCCCUCGUCAUCGACCUGGACUUUGACGGACAGAAGGAGGUUCUGCUGGGGACGUACGGACAGGAGCUGCUCUGCUACAAGUUCCAGCCCGGCAGCGUUGGCGAGCCGGACGGGCAGCUACCGGCUAGCGGCGGCGCUAGCGGCGGCGGCGACAGCGUGGACCCGGACGGGCAGUUCCAGCUGCAGUGGAGGCGGAGCUUCAAGAGUCCUCUGCUGUCCGUCACCUACCUGGACCUGACCGGGGACGGGCUCAGGGAGCUAGCCGUGCUAACGCUAAAGGGGCUGCACAUCCUGCAGCACAGUCUCUCCUGCACGGCUGAUCUGGUUCUGGAGAGACUGAAGGUUCGGACCGCCGGGACGGAGGAGACGGAGCUGAGACACGCUAACUAGCCGUUAGCUCCCACCGCUAAUCAGCCGUUAGCUCCCACCGCUAACAGGCCGUUAGCUCCCACCGCUAACAGGCCGUUAGCUCCCACCGCUAACAGACUGUUAGCUCCCACCGCUAAUGAGCCGUUAGCUCCCACUGCUAACGGGCCGUUAGCUCCCACCGCUAACGAGCCGUUAUCUCCCAUCAUCAUGCCGGCUGUGAUGCUAACAUGCUAACUUCCAACCAGCUGCAGAGCUGAUGUUUUCAGUUGCUGAAGAUGAAACUGAAGAGAGAACAAUGUUCUCGAGUGUUUCCACAGAAGAAGAAGAAGAGACGUUAGCAACGCUAUCGGUUCGGUCGUAGUCCGAGUCUCUUUGACCUCCAGCAUUUUAAAGUAAUAAAUGUUUUACUUCCUGUAUGUGAAAUCUGAAAUUAAAGUGAGUUUAACUUUAA